AAGCACUUUCCGAAAUGAUAGUGGUACUGUAAUAACAAACAUUUCCUUCUCCCCAUCAUAACGAUUAGCGACGGAGACGAAGAACAUAACAAGACCUACCAUUGGUAGAGAGAGAGAGAGUCUUUGUGUGUUAAUGGAUCGGAUUCUGAAGGCCGCUCGAACAUCCGGCUCGCUCAACCUUUCCAAUCGCUCUCUCCGGGAUGUGCCUACAGAGGUAUAUCAAUGUCUCGAAACAACCGGAGAAGGAGAAAACUGGUGGGAGGCGGUUGAUUUACAGAAGCUGAUCUUGGCACAUAAUGAAAUUGAGGUUUUGAGAGAGGAUCUUAAGAACCUUGCUUGUUUGGUUGUGCUGAAUGUUAGUCAUAACAAACUGUCUCAACUUCCAGCAGCGAUUGGGGAGCUUGACUGUUCAAGCAAUCGGCUUAAAGAACUGCCAGAUACUCUUGGAAGAUGUUUGGACUUAUCUGAUUUGAAGGCCUCAAAUAAUCAAAUCUCCAGUUUGCCUGAAGGCAUGGCCAACUGUUCGAAAUUAUCUAAAUUGGAUGUGGAGGGAAACAAGCUCACAGUUCUCUCCGAGAGGCAGAUAUCAUCAUGGACCAUGCUUACAGAACUCAAUGCAGCUAAGAAUAUGUUGGGUGGUCUGCCACAAAAUAUUGGAAGCCUCUCGCGUCUUAUCCGGCUAGAUCUUCAUCAGAACAAAAUCUCGUCUAUUCCACCGUCAAUAGGCGGUUGCUCCUCUCUUGUGGAGUUCUAUUUGGGAAUAAACUCGCUAUCAACAUUACCAGCAGAGAUUGGAGAUUUAUUAUGUCUAGGAACUUUGGAUCUUCGUUCUAAUCAGCUCAAGGAAUAUCCAGUUGGGGGAUGUAAAUUGAAGCUCUCGUAUCUAGAUCUUUCAAAUAAUUCAUUGACAGGAUUGCAUCCUGAGCUCGGCAACAUGACUACUCUGAGAAAGCUUGUACUUGUUGGCAAUCCUUUGAGAACCCUUAGAAGCUCAUUAGUAAAUGGUCCAACAGCUGCUCUAUUGAAGUAUCUUAGGAGCCGCCUCUCUAAUAGUGAAGAAACUAGUGCAAGCACUCCGACAAAGGAAAAUGUAAUCGCUUCAGCAGCUCGUAUGUCCAUAUCUUCAAAGGAACUCUCUCUGGAAGGACUCAACUUGACUGCUGUCCCUUCAGAAGUUUGGGAAUCUGGUGAAAUCACGAAAGUUAAUCUUUCUAAGAACUCUAUCGAGGAAUUGCCUGCUCAACUUUCUUCAUCUGUUUCCCUUCAGACUUUAAUUUUGUCAAGGAACAAGAUUAAAGAUUGGCCCGGUGAAAUCUUGAAGUCACUUCCCGGUCUUGUGUGCUUGAAGUUGGACAAUAAUCCCCUGAAGCAGAUUCCACUGGAUGGGUUUCAAGCAGUAUCUAGACUUCAGAUUCUCGAUCUAAGUGGUAAUGGAGCUUCCUUGGGCAUCAGAGAGCAUCCCAAGUUUUCACACUUGGCACAACUACAAGAGCUUUAUUUGAGCCGAGUCCAGCUGUCUGAAGUCCCUGAAGAUAUCCUCAACUUAGCUAAUCUGCUUAUCCUUGACUUGAGCCAGAAUUCACUUCAAUCGAUUCCCAAGGAUGUGAAGAACAUGGCUUCACUCAAACACCUGGACUUAUCCAACAACAACAUUUCAAGCCUUCCUCCAGAAUUGGGUUUGCUUGAACCAACACUUGAGGUUCUAAGGCUCGACGGGAACCCAUUAAGAAGCAUCAGGAGGCCAAUUCUAGAGAGAGGAGCAAAAGCUGUAUUGAAUUACCUGAAAGAUAAACUUCCAGAACAAAUGACGACAAUAGUAAUAAUAAUACUCCAGUCUCCAGCCAAGCAACAGAACAGUAGAGAGGAAGAAUCGCCACAGAAGAAGCUUAAGAAGCAAGAUAUUGAUCUUCCUCCUAAUUUUCUAUUCCUCUUCACACGUCUGGCAAGUUUCGGUGGAGCCGAAAAAGUCAAGAGCUUUUGCUUUCCAGAAAAAAUGGCUGACGGAAACUGGAUGGUGUCGUUCGAGGAUCUUCCUUCUCAUUUGAUCUUUGAGGUGUUGACCUCUGGCCGGCUUAAUGCGGCUGAUCUACUCAGCCUGGAAUUGACCUCAAAGGCUUUCGGAGGGAGCUGUGGAUUGUACCCUUUGAAAUUCAGAUCACUAGCUGAUCAUGCGGCGUCUCAGCUUUGCUCUACGCAUCCUGUCUACGUGGGAAUGGGUUUGGCUACGCAGAAAGAGCUCUUUGCGAAUUGCGAGGGAAACUGGAAGCGGCUUUUGAGGUUCUUGCAAUCAGUUGAGCAAUCUUCAGAUAUGGUUGAAACCUCUGCAGGCAAUAUGCAAAUUACAACAGGGAGGUAUCACACGUUGCUAAUCAACAACUCAAAGGUUUACUCUUGCGGUGCAAGUUUGUCUGGUGUUCUUGCUCAUGGCCCAGAAACUACUCAAUGCGUUGCAUUUACCCCUAUUGAGUUCCCCUGCUCUGCUCAAGUGGCUCAAGUCUCAGCCACACAGAACCAUUCUGCUUUCGUAUUGCAAUCUGGAGAGGUUCUCACAUGUGGGGAUAACUCGUCGUAUUGCUGUGGUCAUUUAGAUACUAGCCGUCCAAUAUUUAGGCCUAAGCUUGUUGAGGCUUUAAAGGGAACUCCUUGUAAGCAGGUGGCUGCAGGGCUGCACUUCACUGUGUUUCUGUCAAGGGAAGGGCGUGUGUUUACAUGUGGAUCAAACACACACGGACAGCUUGGUCAUGGCGAUACCUUGGACAGACCAGUACCCAAAGCUGUUGAAUUUCUUGACAGCGUUGGCCCCGUGGUGCAAAUCGCAACUGGACCGAGCUAUGUUUUAGCUGUGACAAAGGAUGGCUCGGUUUACUCCUUUGGCUCUGGUUCUAGCUUCUGCCUUGGUCACGGAGAGCAACAGGACGAGCUCCAGCCGCGUGUAAUUCAGGCUUUUAAGAGAAAAGGUAUUCAUAUACUCCGUGUCUCUGCAGGCGAUGAACACGCCGUGGCACUUGAUUCCAAUGGCCGUGUAUACACAUGGGGUAAAGGUUACUGCGGUGCACUAGGCCAUGGAGACGAAAACGACAAGAUCACUCCUCAAAUUUUGGUCAGUUUCAAGAACUGCCUCGCUGUCCAGGUGUGUGCAAGAAAGAGGAAAACGUUUGUAUUAGUGGAAGGCGGAUUGUUGUAUGGAUUUGGGUGGAUGGGAUUUGGAAGCCUCGGGUUCCCGGACAGAGGAGUUUCGGACAAAGUUUUGAGGCCAAGAGUGUUGGAGAGCCUGAAACCACACCGAGUCUCUCAAGUCAGCACCGGUUUGUAUCACACCAUUGUGGUCACUCAAGGUGGUCGCAUUUUCGGAUUUGGAGAUAACGAAAGAGCACAGCUUGGUCACGACUCACUCCGUGGCUGCUUAGAACCUACCGAGAUCUUUCUCCAUUGUGGCCGUUCUCGUAGCCGCCUUUGCUGAUCCAAGUGAAUAAGCAAGUUUGUACGUAUGAACCGGAUUGGUAUCAGUACUUUAACCGGUAGUGUAUGUUGUUGUAUGAUUUGUAUCCGUUUGAUUUUUCGAGUGUAUCAAAGAUUUUUCCGGUUUUGUGUAUCGAAGAUGCUUCCGGUUUGAAUUGUUUAGAGAGCAAAUUUUCAAGAGGAAAAACAACCAAUGAGCAGAAGAAGGAAUCAUUUGCAACUAA